CCCUCAAUCUAUGAAGUGUUGAACCAUCCUAAAACACCUAUAUAGAUAACUAAACCUUUUUUCCAAUUUUCCCUAAACCAAAAUGUACACUGAUACAUUGAGCUGGUGGUUCAAAAGGUCCAUUGGUGACAUAGAACAGAAAAAAGCGGAAACAAACGGGCCGCGAAGCUACCAGAGCGUGGCCCUGAUCGUGGGCGUGACAGGCAUAGCUGGCAGUGGCCUGGCCGAGACCCUAUCUUACGGCGACACCCCUGGCGGCCCCUGGAAGGUCUACGGAGUCGGGCGCCGGUCAUGCCCCGACUGGCUCACCACCCUCAACGUGAUCUACGUCCAGUGCGACAUCACCAAUACGCAAGAAACCCACUCCAAACUCUCCCCUCUCACCGACAUCACACACGUCUUCUACGUCUCGUGGACGGGCUCAGAGGACUGCCAGCUCAACGCCUUAAUGUUCCGGAACAUUCUCGACUCGGUCGUCCCCAACUGCCCCAAUCUCAAGCACCUCGCCCUCCAGACAGGGAUCAAGUAUUACUGGGGAAACAUGGCCGAGAUGGACAGCACGAACGAGCCCCACGACUGCCCCUAUUACGAGAACCUCCCCAGGCUGAAGCAGGACAACUUCUAUUACGACCUCGAGGACUUGGUGUACGAGACGGCCCUGAGGAAGAGCAUGCUGACGUGGUCCAUCCACCGGCCGGCGCUCAUCUUCGGCUUCUCCCCGUGCAGUAUGAUGAACACGGUGAGCACGCUGUGCGUGUACGCGGCCAUCUGCAAGCACGAGGGGAGGCCGCUCGUGUACACAGGGACCUAUGUCUCGUGGACGUGCCUCUGGGACGCUGUCGACUCGGAGCUGCUGGCCGAGCACUUUGUGUGGGCCGCUACGUGUCCCGAGGCGAAGAACCAAGCGUUUAAUGUGAACAACGGGGACGUGUUCAAGUGGAAGCAUCUGUGGGGUGUGCUGGCCAAGGAGUUCGAUUUGGAAGCGGUGGGGUACGAGGAGGGGAAAGAGCCGGUUUUGCUGGAGGACGUGAUGAAAGACAAGGACAAGGUGUGGGACGAGAUCGUGAGGGAGAACGGAUUGGUGCCCACGAGGCUGAGGGAGAUAGCAGCCUUCUGGCUGGCCGACGUCGUGUUUAGGAAUAAGGAGACUCUAUGCAGCAUGAACAAGAAUAAGGAGUUUGGUUUUCUGGGCUUCAGGGACACCACAAAGUCGUUUCUCAAUUGUAUCAAGAAGAUGAGAGCGUAUAAAAAAAAAGCGGAAACAAACGGGCCGCGGAGCUACCAGAGCGUGGCCCUGAUUGUGGGUGUGACAGGCAUCGCUGGCAGUGCCCUUGCGGAGACCCUAUCAUACGUCAACACCCCUGGCGGCCCCUGGAAGGUCUAUGGAGUCGGGCGCCGGCCAUGCCCCGAUUGGCUCACCACCCUCAACGUGGUCUACGUCCAGUGCGACGUCACCAACACGGACGAAACCCGCUCCAAGCUCUCCCCUCUCACCGACAUCACCCACGUCUUCUACGUCUCGUGGACGGGCUCCGAGGACUGCCACCUCAACGCCUUAAUGUUCUGGAACAUUCUCGACUCGGUCGUCCCCAACUCCCCCAACCUCAACCACCUCGCCCUCCAGACAGGGAUCAAGUACUACUUGGGCAACUUCUAUUACGACCUCCAAAACACGAACGAGCCCCACGACUGCCCCUACUACGAGAGCCUCCCGAGGCUUAAGCAGGACAACUUCUAUCACGACCUCGAGGACAUGGUGUACGAGACGGCCCUGAAGAAAAGCAACGGCACGCUGACGUGGUCGAUCCACCGGCCGGCGCUCAUCUUCGGCUUCUCCUCGUGCAGUACGAUGAACAUGGCGAGCACGCUGUGCGUGUACGCGGCCAUCUGCAAGCACGAGGGGAGGCCGCUCGUGUACACGGGGACACGCGAGUCGUGGACGUGCGUAACGGACGCUGUCGACUCGGAGCUGCUGGCCGAGCACUUUGCAUAUGUGGGGCGUGCUGGCAAAGAGUUCGAUUUGGAGGCGGUGGAGUACGAGGAGGGGAAAGAGCCGGUUUUGUUGGAGGACGUGAUGAAAGGCAAGGACAAGGUGUGGGACGAGAUCGUGAGGGAGAAGGGGUUGGUGCCCACGAGGCUGAGGGAGAUAGCGGCCUUCUGGUUCGUAGAUGUCGUGUUUAGGAAUAAGGAGACACUAUCCAGCAUGAACAAGAAUAAGGAGUUUGGGUUUCUGGGCUUCAGGGACACCACCAAGUCGUUUCUCAAUUGUAUCAAGAAGAUGAGAGCGUAUAAGUUUAUUCCUUAA